CGGGGGUGGGGAAUGUUGCUCUCGCGAGCUUUGGGCGCCAACUCCCGGAGUCGAAUUUAAACGCGCUGAGGAGCCGCGCUGGAGAUCAACGUGCGCGGAGUGGGGCUGCUUGUUCAACUGACCUGCAUUCAAGAAGUUGGAAAAAAGAAAAUGGAGACGGAAGAGAUUUUGAAUCUUCGUCGUCAACUCAAGGAAGCAGAGAAUGAGCGGAGGAAGGCAGCACAGUAUGGUUUGCAUUUACUGGAAUCUCAGAAUGAGGUUCAGAAUCAGUUGGAUCAAAUGCGCAAUGAAUUGACUGAAAAAACUGAGACAUUUGAACAAGAGAAAUUCUCACUUCAGAGAGAAAUUGAACUCAAGAACAGAAUGUUGGAAAGUUUGAGUUUUGAAUGUGACGCUCUUAAGCAGCAGCAAAAUGUGCAGCUGGAGAAACAACGAGAACAACUGGAACGAACUCAUGCACAAGAAAUUGGUGACCUCAAGAACAAGUUGGAGAAUCUGAAGGCAGAACUAGAUGAAACCCGAUUAAGUGAGAAGCAACUAAGGCAUAAAGUAGAACAUCAGAAGGAGAUAAUAACUGCUAAAGUAGAAGAAUUGCGUAUGAUGUCUGAACGUGUACAUGAAACUAUGUCUUCUGAAAUGUUAAAUCUUCAGAUUGAAUUAACAGAACUUGAAAACAUGAAGGCUAAUCUUGAAGAAAAGGUGAAUGAAUUGCAAUGCAAUAAAGAAAAACUGGAACUUGCAAAUAGCAACUUACGUAACCAGUUGGAACGUCUUCAAGGAGAAAAAGAAGAGAGAGAAAAAGAAAUAGUUUAUUACUAUAGUGCAUUAGAGAAAGCUCAUGAAGUUAACCAGGACCUUCAAGUUCAGCUGGAUCAUGCACUGCAGGAUUCCUUGGACCCUACUAGUAAGGGCAAUUCUCUGUUUGCUGAGGUGGAGGACCGUAGGGCAGAAAUGGAACGUCAACUCAUCAGUUUUAAAGUGAAAUACCAGUCUCUACACAAGCAGCAUGCAUUCACUAGAGGUGAAUUGCAAAGAAUGAAGCUACAGAUGGUUACGCUGCUACAGAUAAAAGGUUCUCAAGCAGAAAUUGAGCAGCUGGAACGUUUGCAAUCCAUGUUAGAACAAAAGAAUGGUGAAAUAGAAAAUCUUAUAAUGAAAGUGAGACAACUGGAGAAAUUCAGGACAGAGGAAUUUAGAUCCAGUAGUAGUUCAAAAGGUGGAGAAUUUGAGGAUGGCUGUUACGUAGAUUUACUUCAAAUGAAGCUUGAGAACUCAAAUAAGGAGACAGAAACUUUAAGAAAUGAACUAUCAUUGCAAAGGAUGAAAGCUUUGUAUGAGAGCCAGAGAGUUCUGGAGGUAGAAAGGAAACUUUUUACACAUGAGAGGCAUUUGCAGAUAUGCCAGAGUGAGAACAUGAACUUGCGUGUUUUGCUGGAUGAGCUGAAAAUGAAGUAUGAACCUGAAGAGCUAGUAAAAGUCCCAAAAAGUGUAACAAGGAGAGAGAAGAUACCAGUAGGCACAACUUGUGAAUGUUUAGAUGGUAAAAAUGCUUCAGUAAAGGAAAAUGCUUUCAUUCAGUCUUCAAGUAAGGAAGAAACAAAGUUAAGUGCUAAGAACUCUGAACAAAGUAGUGGUUUUGUGAAGAAGUAUGCCGUUGAGGCAGAACCAGUGAAUAUAGUUCUUCUUCCGGCAGCACAAGUGACUGCACGUGAAAAGGAAAGGAAGAGUGUUAAAAUCAGAGAUGACCAUUGUGAUACCAAAACUGCAAAUGAAAGAGAUGGAAAUAAUUCUCUUACUUCAGCAUCUUCCAGGUUAACAGCUGAAUCCAGACUUGAAACUGUGGAAAAUGAAGACAUGAAAGAAAAUGCAAUCAAGUCUGAGAAGAAAAUGCGAAAGAAAACAUACACUACACUAUAUGUGUCUUCUAAAGAAUCUUCUGAAAUGCAAUGUCCUCAACAAUAAAACUCUUUUUUUUUUUCAGAACAAAUCUGAAUAAUUUAAUGUUGUGCCUUAAAGAUUGUAUCAUGCAGCAAACAAGAUACAAGUAAAUUAUUACUGUACAUACAUGUUAGAUUUAAGUAGUGCAUCUUUCUUAUUUCACGAGCCAUUAUGGCUAUAUUAACUAGGGCUCAUGCUGUUCAUGUUUAUUUUAUGCUCAGAAAUGCCACCAAAUUUAAAUGUGGUAGUAACUUGAUCUGAAACUUUGGAGCCUGAAUUUUCAUUGGGACUAUAGUUAAUAGUGGUCUAGGGUUUUCACAACGUCAUUUCAGAAUGACUAUAAAUUGCCGUAGCAAUUCUAUUAACAAUGUGGAUGUAAACUAAGAGCAGGGUGUGCUUGGUUACUAGAUUGAAGAUGGGUAGUUUCUCUGAAAAUUUCUCAUUCCUAAAUUAUUUUUUAUAACUUCAAAGGAACACAUUCCAAAACUGCCCCCCCUUACCCCCAGUUCCUGGGUGUCUUGUUUCUGUGUAUGUGUUAGAUCUUUGCAAACAAAGGGAACAUCUGUUGGCAUUUUAGAAAGGAGCAAUCCAUGGCUUCUGGUAACUGUUGGUAUAGUUUAUAAGUAUUCAGUAUUUCAAAUAUGCUGUGCUCCCACCUAUACUUUCAAAGAAUAUGCUAUAUCAAAAUGAAUGUAUACAAAGUGUAUAAUGUCAUAAAUGUAGUAAAAUUUUAAAAACUUGUAAGUUAUUUUGUAAUAAGUAGUCUAGUCUUGUAUAAAAACUUAACUAUGAAUUAAAUAAAAUUUACUAUUUCUAAUA